GUCCAUUUAAUUCCUCAAGACCGGCACUGAUAUAAAAGAGAGGCGUCCGAGCGAGCAGCGCAAUGCGUUCGCGCGACUCGCUCCGUUGCAGUUGGAACGAUCGCUUCCGGCCUCAGUACGCACGUCAAGGCGCUUAAACUCUUUCCUUUUCUCCUGUUACUUCUCUAUCCUUCACGCCGUGUCGCGUGUCGCGCAGCACGCCGAAUUGACGUGAUCGUGACUCACGUUUAGUGCAAAAGUUCGGUCCGGUUCGGCAUUUACCUCAGUUCGUGUCGACUGCGCGCACGUUCGGUGUGCGAACGAACCGAACGAACUCGAUUGAUCGAGAGAACUCUUCUCGCUCUUGUCGCCGUCCCGCUUCCUCGGCGUGUGUAUAUACCGGAGAGGCGAGGUACGUGAGCAGGUACACCGUAAAUAUGUCCGUCGCGCGGAAACGGCUGCUGUCGGCGUUCGGUACCGCGCGGCGUCACGUCACCGUCGCCGCCGCCACCGCCGUUAAUCGCGCGCACGUCGCAGGAACGGGCGUGCAACGCGCGUGCUCGACACAUGAAAAAUUGAGGAAUCCGUCGUACUGGAGGACAGUGGACGGUAAUAUACGAAUGGUCCAUUCCAUGACACAACCGACAUGGGUAACAAGUAAGGACGAAAGCCGCGAAUUGAUGGCCGUGUGGCCGGAUAUUGUUCGGGAUCUCACAGAAGUUUGCCAACAUUCGGACAUUCCAAAUAUUAGUAAAUGGAUAGCGAAGGUGUUACAGUAUAAUGUUCCUGGAGGGAAGAAAACUCGCGGUUUAGCGUUAGUUUACGCUUAUAAAAUGCUGGUAUCCAGUGAUCAAAUUACAGAAGAAAACAUUCGGGCGAUACGGAUUUUAGCAUGGUGUGUGGAAUUACUACAUGCCUUUUUUAUUAUGAUUGACGAUAUUCAAGAUCGGUCUCAAUUUCGCCGAAAUCAACCGUGUUGGUAUCUACAUAAUGAUAUGGGUUUAGCUGCAAUUAACGACAGUUUAAUGAUAGAGAGUAUUAUGUAUCAGCUACUUCGGAAGUCCUUUAGUGGGAAAAACUGCUACGUCGACCUGGUAGAAACAUUCCAGGAUAUCACUCUGAAAACUAUUUUGGGCCAAUCUUUAGACUUGCAGUCGACUAACUUUGGUAAAAUGCCGAAUUUGAAUUUAUUCACCAUGGAUCGUUAUAAUUCAAUCGUCAACUAUAAAUCGUCUUAUUACACGUUCAUUCUACCAGUAACUGUUGCCAUGCAUGUAGCUGGGAUAAAGGACCAAGAGAUGUUCAGGCAAGCAAAGACGAUUCUGUUGGAAAUGGGGCAUUUCUUCCAAGUACAGGAUGAUUAUUUGGACUGUUAUGGAAAACCUGAGAUUACUGGUAAAAUUGGUUCCGACAUAGAGGAGGGAAAAUGUACGUGGCUGGUCGUUGUGGCUCUUCAACGUGUCACACCAGAACAGCGAAAAAUUCUAGAAGAAUGUUAUGGAAUCUCAGAUCCAGAAAAAGUAAGAUGCGUGAAACAACUUUAUAAUGAUCUCGGCCUAAUGAACAUGUAUUCCAUGUAUGAAGAAGAAACAUACAAUUUAUUAAAUACCCACAUACAACAGAUGUCACGAGGCCUUCCACAUGGUAUUUUUUUGAAGAUAUUGGAGAAACUUUAUCAUAGAGAAUCAUAAAAGCGCAUUUUUUAUAUUAAAAGCACAGACUGAUAUAUCGAAAAAGAUGU